AUGGCCGACAGCUUGAAGAUGGGAAACCUCUCCCUCAAUGAAUCGCAGCAUGCGCCUGCCCCUUCUACCGCCUCCUCUGGUCGCGCUGCCUAUAUUCCGCCUCACCUCCGCCAGCGCCAAAUGGGUGCGAACAUGGACGGUGCCGCCCCUCCCCCUCCUGGUCCCGCCGCCGCCGCCCCCCCUCAGGCUGGUGGCUCCUGGGGUGCUCGUCCCCCCCGUGGCGGUAACUGGGCCAAUGCCAACGACUUCAGCCCUCGCGGUCCCAAUGGUAACACUAGCUGGACUCCCACCGAUGGUCUCCGCCGGCCCUUUAACCCAAAUGCUUACGGAAACCCAGGUCAUGGAGGCGGAGGCUCCAGCAGCUCCUACGCUAGAGGCUCUGGUGACGGCCAGUGGCGUGACGGCAAACACAUUCCCGGCCCUCCCAACCCCCGCGUGGAGCGUGAACUCUUCGGCCUGCCCAACGACCCCUCCAAGCAGAGCACUGGUAUCAACUUCGCCAACUACGACGACAUCCCUGUCGAAGCCUCUGGCCAGGACGUCCCGGAACCCGUCAACGCCUUCACCAACCCCCCCUUGGAUGACCACCUGAUUUCCAACAUCGCCCUUGCUCGCUACCUGACCCCGACUCCCGUCCAGAAGUACUCCAUCCCCAUUGUGAUGAAUGGCCGUGAUCUCAUGGCCUGUGCCCAGACGGGUUCCGGAAAGACUGGUGGUUUCCUCUUCCCCAUCCUCUCCCAGGCGUUCCAGAACGGUCCUUCUCCCACCCCCGCCCCGGCUGGCGGUCAACUUGGCUACGGACGCCAGCGCAAGGCCUACCCCACCUCGCUCAUUCUGGCCCCCACCCGUGAACUGGUUUCCCAGAUCUUCGACGAGGCUCGCAAGUUCGCCUACCGCUCGUGGGUUCGCCCUUGCGUUGUCUAUGGUGGUGCCGACAUUGGCUCUCAACUCCGUCAGAUCGAGCGCGGAUGUGAUCUCUUGGUCGCCACCCCCGGUCGUCUGGUCGACCUCAUCGAGCGUGGUCGCAUCUCCCUUGUGAACAUUAAGUACCUCAUUCUGGACGAGGCCGAUCGCAUGUUGGACAUGGGUUUCGAGCCUCAGAUCCGUCGCAUCGUUGAGGGUGAAGACAUGCCCCACGUCAACGACCGCCAGACUCUCAUGUUUUCGGCCACCUUCCCUCGUGACAUCCAAAUGCUCGCGCGCGAUUUCCUGAAGGACUACGUCUUCCUGUCCGUCGGUCGUGUCGGUUCCACUUCGGAGAACAUCACCCAGAAAGUCGAGUACGUCGAAGACCACGACAAGCGCUCCGUCCUGUUGGAUAUCCUCCACACGCACGGCACCAGCGGCUUGACCCUCAUCUUCGUCGAGACCAAGCGCAUGGCCGACUCGCUCUCGGACUUCCUUCUCAACCAGCGCUUCCCUGCUACCGCCAUUCACGGUGACCGUACUCAGCGUGAGCGUGAGCGUGCCCUGGAGAUGUUCCGUUCCGGACGCUGCCCCAUCCUGGUGGCUACCGCUGUCGCCGCUAGUGGUCUCGAUAUUCCCAACGUGACCCACGUCAUCAACUACGAUCUGCCUACUGACAUUGACGACUACGUUCACCGUAUCGGUCGUACCGGUCGUGCCGGAAACACCGGUAUUGCCACUGCCUUCUUUAACCGUGGCAACCGUGGUGUCGUCCGUGAUCUGAUCGACCUUCUGAAGGAGGCUCACCAGGAGGUUCCCACUUUCCUGGAGAGCAUUGCUCGUGAGGGCAGCGGCUAUGGCGGUCGUGGCGGCCGUGGUGGUCGUGGCCGCGGCGGCAACGCUACCCGCGACAUGCGUCGUUUCGGCGGCGGUGGCGGUGGCAUGGGCAGUGCUCCCUCCUACGGCGGUGGCUACGGCGGCGGCGCUGGUGGUUACAGCAGCGGCGGCGGCGGCAGCUUUGGCGGUGCUCCCUCCUACGGUGGUGGUUACGGCGGUGGCUACGGUGGCGGUAGCUACGGCAACCCCUCUGGCCCUACGGGACCUUCUUCCUGGUGGUAA